UCUUUUUAACCAAUAUUUUAUUAAUGUAUUUUAUUUGCUAGUUUGUCAGAUAUAGAAUUAAAAUAACAGUUGAGGAUGGGAAUAGAGAUGGUAUCUUAGUCUUGGUUGCCGAGGUUUAUAAAGGUUGUAGGUGGAGAUAGUUAUCUUGUUCUUCUUCAAAAGUUGAUUAGAAAGAAGUUCUUGCUAAAGGUAGAUACUAAAAAUAUUGGUGCAGGCAAAUAUUUGGGACUUUUCUUGUGAAAACGGUCUGCGAUGAAGGAUAAAUCUUUGGAAAAAUCUAAGUUCAUUAGAUUUGAACGUUUCCCUUUUAAGAAGGAAUCAUCAAAUUUUUUGGAAAAAUGUAUUUUUCGAAAGGGGGAAUGUUCAAAUGUGAGAAAGAAGCCUCCAAUAUUAAUAGACUUCUUUGCUGAAAAAGAUUCUCAAGUAGCUAGACAAGAGGAUACGCAUGCUGAUGUUGAUGUGUUGAAAAGAAAAAUGAAUGGAACGGAUGUGACUGAUAGAUUUGACGAGGAGUUUCAUGCUGAAAUUGAAAUGUUACUAUAUUCACCUAUUAAAGAAACCACGGAAGUACUAUUCAGUGUUCUUGAUGGGUCCCAGAGUCGUCAAGAAAGAAGUUACUGAGAAUAUUUGUAAAGGUUUGAAGAUUAAAAUAAACUUGAAUGGAGACUUAAAAAAGUUGGCUGAGGAUGGGAUUGGUCCCAACUCAAAGAUUCUCAAGAUUGUUGAUAUGUGAAGUAGUUGUCUUCUGAGCUGCUGAUAUUAUGGUAGUUUAUUUUAUAAGAUGUAAUAUAUGUGUAAGGUAGUUAGAGGCAUUAAAAUCUACAAUAGAAUCUUCAUGCAGACAUGCUAAGUUGAUGUUACAAAGAUUUCUACUUUUUAAGAUGUGUAAAAAAAUUGCAUCGUAUAGUGAAGUUAUGCUUUUUUCUGUGAUAUUUGACACAUAAGUUCUCAGUUGCCUAUUAUUAAACUUGAAUUGAAUGUUGGGCUAUGUUAGGUUAUCUUUUUUUUGUAAGUAGUUUUCUUUUUUAAUGGCUAUUAUGCUAGUGAGUAGAUAUAGUGUCACGUGCAUGAGGCAUUUGACUUAGAUUGUAGAUUUUAUGUUAGCCUCCAAAGUUAUGUAAGAUAUAUUGAUCUAUAUGUGUAUGUAAGUAUGUGAAUGAUGAAUAAAAUGCAGCAGCUACG